CAGGGAAGGUGGACGCCGUCGGGGCGGUCGGGGGCGCGCGCUUCCGGGAAGAGCAUCUUUCCUGUCCUGGCCUGAGACCCCGGCCGGACUCCUCCCCUAGCCUGCUCUCUGUGCUCAGAGACUUGCUCUCUCGGAUUCCCUUGGCUGUUCUUGCAGUUCAGAGUCCUUUCCGGGCCCAGCCAGCAGAGGAGAGACCGGACGAAACAUCGGAACAGAGCAGAGACCAGGUUUCAGGCUUUGAAUGUGGCAUAGCAGAAACAAUGGACCUCAAGUUCAACAACUCCAGGAAGUAUGUCUCCAUCUCUGUGCCCUCCAAAACACAGGCCAUGUCGCCGCACAUCAAGUCAGUUGAGGACGUCGUGGUGCUGGGCGUGAACCUCAGCAAGUUUAACAAGCUCACACAGUUUCUCAUUUGUGUUGCUGGAGUUUUUGUAUUUUACCUAAUUUAUGGAUACUUACAGGAGCUGAUCUUUUCAGUGGAAGGCUUUAAGCCUUAUGGCUGGUACCUUACCUUAGUGCAGUUUGCCUUUUACUCCGUAUUUGGCCUAAUAGAGCUCCAGCUCACUCAGGACAAAAGGAGAAGAAUACCAGGAAAAACCUACAUGAUAAUAGCUUUUCUAACUGUGGGUACUAUGGGCUUAUCAAACACUUCCUUGGGCUACCUGAAUUAUCCAACCCAAGUCAUCUUCAAGUGCUGCAAACUGAUUCCUGUUAUGCUAGGAGGAGUUUUUAUUCAAGGAAAGCGGUACAACCUUGCAGAUGUGUCUGCUGCAGUGUGCAUGAGCCUUGGCCUGAUCUGGUUUACCCUCGCGGACAGCACAAUUGCACCAAACUUUAAUCUGACAGGUGUGAUGCUUAUCUCCCUGGCGCUGUGUGCAGAUGCGGUCAUUGGAAACGUUCAGGAGAAAGCUAUGAAACUGCACAAUGCUUCCAACUCGGAGAUGGUUUUGUAUUCCUACUCAAUUGGUUUUGUGUACAUUUUGUUGGGACUGUCAUGCACUAGUGGACUGGGCCCUGCAGUGGCAUUUUGUUCAAAGAACCCUGUUCGGACUUAUGGCUAUGCCUUCCUGUUUUCCCUCACUGGAUACUUUGGAAUCUCCUUUGUUCUGGCCCUCAUUAAAAUCUUUGGUGCUCUUCUGGCUGUAACAGUGACAACAGGAAGGAAAGCAAUGACCAUUGUCCUGUCCUUUCUGUUCUUUGCUAAGCCAUUCACAUUUCAGUAUGUAUGGUCUGGCUUGUUAGUUGUGCUUGGCAUAUUUCUCAAUGUUUACAGCAAAAAUAUGGAUAAAAUAAGAUUGCCCUCUGUGUACAACAUGAUAAAGAAAGCCACGGACAUGAAAAAGUCAAGGACAUUGGCACAGACUGUGUAGGAACUGUGUUCUCUUAUUUAAAAUAAAACUCUAUGAGAACUACCAUUAAUCAAUUCACUUUCCAAAGGCUUGUGAUAAAAACCAAAGGAUCUGAAGGCUGCUGUCAGAUGAGCAGAUUGUACACUCGGUGGUUCCUUGGCAUCUGCCUCUACAGAAUACACACUUUUGAUCAACUCCAAAUGAUCAAGAGCCCACACCUAGGACAUGUUGCAAUAAAGUCAGUAUGAAGGAAAGUGCUUCCUAGCAAUGUUCUGAACAUUUCACUGGAAAUGGACCGUGUUGUAAGACUGAUUGGAAAUCCUUCCAGCCUGCAGCGCGGUACUGUGAGUGGCACUAUUUGUCUCCGUUCCAUUUUGGUGGUGUUAUUUAAAUUCUUCUCUGUUAUAAGAGUGAGCUGGUGAUUUGAAGUUUAGAGAAAAUACCAUCCAUUUAUAAAUAAAAUUCUCCUGUGAUUUUUUUUUAAUGGUGUUUUAAUAAAAUUUGUUAUGGAGGAGAAUGGAGAUGGGAUGAAGGGCUAAUGUAUACUUUAAAACUUGGGUUUUUAAAGUUUUGAGAAAAUAACAUUCACUUAAAUAAAAUUAUCCUGUGAUUUUUUAAAAAAAAAACAAUGUGUUAAUAAAAUUUGUUAUUGAAGAAAAUC